AUAUAAAUAUUUCAUCCACUCGGAAGAUAAAUUUGGUGUGCAGUAGUGUUCUCGGUGUAGGCCGACGUGACUAGAAAGGAAAAUCUCAGCAUAUUUAUGUGCUCGAUGCGCCAAGAAGUGUAGUGUGCAGUGUGGAAAGCAGAACUUCAAGUUACUUCUUUCGGUGCAUAUUUCGACUGAGAUAACCUCGAGAGAACGCAAGAGAUAGAGAGAGCGGUUUUUCAGCGGUGUGUUUUUGUUGUUGUCUUUCGAGACGUUUUGUGCAUAUCGGAGACUGUGAUGCACCGCCGUGCUACAUAUGUAAAUCGUCGACAUCGUCUUUAAUGGUAGUAGCAUUAACAUAGGAGCGCCCAGAGGAAUUUGAAGUGCUAUUGUGAUUCAAAACAGGAAAACGAUUCAUGUAACGUGAAAAGUGCAGUGAUCCGAGCGAGAAAUUCCAAAACAUAAAACAUAAAUCUCAGCAUCGUGCAACUUGGGGAAAAAAUUCUGUGCAGUGAUCAACUUUCGAACCGAAAACCAAGAAGAAACAAACCAAGCAAGAAGGAGUUACAUCGAGCCGAUCCCCCGAAGAAGCAGACGAGUUUUAUGGUGUGGUUUUUAUGAAGAUUGUUACAUCUCGGUGUUUGAGUCUAAGGACGUUAUAUUAACGUCCUACUCAUGUAUAGUUGGCCGGAACGAUGGCCAAACUAAAAUCGUCAUGUAUAGGUGUUAUUAAAUUAUUUAUUUUAAUUAGUCUAAGUUUAAGUAGCAAUGCACAGCGAAAAACAUUAAGUAGUAAUAGGUCAGUAGCAAAUAGGCCGAUCCAUCGUGUUCACCCGUGUGAGCAGAGCAGUUGCUAUCCGGCGACGGGUAAUCUGCUGAUUGGACGCGAGAACCGACUCUAUGCGUCUUCGACCUGCGGAGUGGUCAAGCCCGAGCGUUACUGCAUCGUGUCCCAUCUGGAGGAGAAGAAAUGCUUCCUGUGCGAUACCCGGCCCGAGACGGCACACAUCCCAAUGAAAAAUCAUCGCGUCGGACAGAUCAUCUAUAAGAACCAGCCCGGCACACUCGAGCAAUCCUGGUGGCAGUCGGAGAAUGGCAAGGAGAAUGUGACGAUCCAGCUGGAUCUGGAGGCCGAAUUCCAUUUCACCCAUUUGAUCAUUGUGUUCUCGACGUUCCGGCCGGCGGCAAUGCUGAUCGAGCGAUCGUACGAUUUCGGUAAGACCUGGCACGUGUACCGAUACUUUGCGCACAACUGUCGCGAUGCGUUCCCGCAUGCGCCCACGACCAGCAAGAACAUAACCGACGUCAUCUGUGAUCAUCGGUACUCGAGCGUGGAGCCAUCGAAGAAUGGUGAAGUCAUUUACCGGGUGUUGCCACCGAUGAAUAUUGAGAAUCCGUACGCAGAACACGUGCAGAAUAUGCUAAAGAUGACGAAUCUCCGAAUUAACUUCACGAGACUUCACACGCUCGGGGAUACGUUGCUGGACGAUCGCCAGGAGAUUCAGGAAAAGUAUUAUUACGCCAUCUCGAAUAUGAUUGUGCGAGGGUCCUGUUCGUGCUACGGUCAUGCUUCACGUUGUUUACCGUUGGAGGGGGUACGGAACGCUAUCGAUAUGGUGCACGGAAGAUGUGAAUGUACACACAACACGAAAGGCCUCAACUGUGAGGAAUGUGAGGACUUUUUCAAUGAUCUCCCUUGGAAACCUGCAUUGGGCAAGCAGACAAAUGCUUGUAAAAAGUGCCACUGCAACAAUCACGCUACUAGCUGUCACUUCGAUCCGGCGGUUUAUGAGCUCACGGGUCGUGUUAGUGGCGGUGUGUGCGAUAACUGUCAGCACAACACCCAGGGACAUCACUGCGAGGUGUGCAUUCCAUUCUUCUACCGGGAUCCCAACGAAGAUAUCCAGAGCCCUUACGUAUGCAAGCCGUGCGAUUGUGAUCCACGGGGUUCGCUGGAUGACGGCAUCUGUGAUUCAGUGGCCGACGAGGAGAACGGAAUCGAGGCUGGUGCGUGUCACUGCAAGCGCAACGUGAAUGGUCGUCGGUGCGAUCAUUGUAAGGAAGGUUUUUGGAACUUUGACGAGAACAAUCCCGAGGGUUGUGAAUCGUGUAUGUGUAACAUCUUGGGUACAAUUGAUAACGCCGGCUGCAAUGUACACACGGGAGAGUGCACCUGCAAGCGAUUUGUUACCGGACGUGAUUGUAACCAGUGUAUUCCCGAGACUUAUGGAUUGUCAGACAGUGCUGAAGGUUGUACGCUGUGUAACUGCCAUCCGGGAGGUUCGUUGGACAACAACUGUGAUGUGAUCACUGGACAGUGCCGUUGUCGACCACAUAUGCAGGGCCGAAAUUGUGGAGAACCCAAGCAACAUUUCUUCAUCCCAACGCUGCACCAAGUCGUGGAAGCGGAAUUUCCUGGCACGGAUUGCUAUCAUUAUUCCUCCUCUGGUAACUGCUCUAUUGUUAUUCGCGAACAUCCGCAUGAUCGCGUGCCUGGUCGGACCGGGCCGGGAUUCAUCCGUGCAUUCGAAGGGACGGAGGUGAAGUUUACCGUCGAUGAUGUUCCGAAGACGAUGAACUACGAUGUAUUGGUACGCUAUUCCCCACAAAUGAAGGGCGAUUGGGAGGAGAUUCGGAUGACAGUCGUUCGCCCUGAUGAGUACGAUCCGGAGGGGCCGUGUGCAAAUUCGCAUCCGGAAUACGAGCGGAACAUUCAUACCACACUGUCAGAGUAUGAAACUAGUGCCGUGGCGUUGCAUGAUGUUUGCCUGGAGACGGGCAAGACGUAUAAGUUCAUUGUAUCAUUCCAGCGUCACAACCCAUAUGAUGAUAACCCAUCGGCGCAAAUUUUGAUCGAUUCCAUUGUCUUGGUUCCGCGCAUCGAGGUGACGCCAAUCUUCCAUGGAUCCCCUCAGGCAGAGGUCAGAUAUAGGGAAUAUAAAGAUUUGGGAUGCAAUCAGUCGUAUUACGAUGUGAACUACGAUAUCAACGCUAGACCAGAGUGCAAACAGCUGCUGAACACUGUUAGCGUACUCGUAUUCAAUGGUGCCACAGCUUGCGAGUGUAACCCGACAGGUUCGACGACUAAGAAAUGCGAAGAAUACGGUGGAUAUUGCUCCUGUAAGACCAACGUGGUUGGUCGACAGUGUGACAAAUGUGCACCGGGAACGUAUGGCUUCGGACCAGAGGGGUGUAAGUCGUGUGACUGUAACAGCAUUGGAUCGAAGGACAAUGACUGUGAUCUGGUGACCGGACAAUGUAGUUGCCAUCCGAAUACUUAUGGGCGGGAGUGCGACCAGUGUCAACCAGGCUUCUGGAACUUCCCGAACUGUCAGAUGUGUGAGUGCAACGGACACACCCCGGUGUGCAAUCCCAAGACCGGUGAGUGCUCGCAGUGUCAGGACUUCACUCGUGGCUGGAAGUGCGAUCGCUGCUUGGAGGGAUACUACGGAAAUCCACUGCUAGGAUCGGAGAUUGGUUGCCGACCGUGCCGUUGUCCGGAUACAAUUGCAUCCGGCCACUCAUACGCUAACGAGUGCCUGCUGGAUCCGAAAACGAACGAUGUGAUGUGUUUGUGCGAUCAAGGCUACGCGGGGGCUAAGUGCGAUGUGUGUGCGGACAACUACUAUGGCAAUCCGGAUCGCCCAGGAGGAAUCUGUCAACUGUGCGAUUGUAACAACAACGUGGAUCUGAAUCAGCCAGGUAAUUGCGAUGCCAAGACGGGACAGUGCAGACAAUGCUUGUACGAAACGGAGGGUGAUCACUGCGAGUAUUGCCGUGAUGGAUACUAUGGUGAUGCCCUGCAGCAGGAUUGUAGACCUUGUGACUGUCACGGGCUCGGAACGAAUCAGACUAUUCAGCACUGCGAUCGUCAUACCGGCCAGUGUCCGUGCUUGGCUAACGUGCGGGGACAGUAUUGUGAGGAGUGUAUCGAGAAUCACUGGAAGAUCGCUAGCGGAGAGGGCUGUGAAUCGUGCAAUUGUGAUCCCGUUGGAUCGGUUAAUGAACAGUGCAAUCCGUACGAUGGCCAAUGUACCUGCAAGCAAGGAUUUGGUGGACGUCAAUGUAAUCAAUGCGAAACCAACUUCUGGGGUAACCCGAAUGUGUAUUGUCACCCUUGCGAAUGUAACCCAUAUGGUUCGGCAACCCAGCAAUGCCAUCGCGAAACAGGUCAAUGUGUGUGUAAUUUGGGAAUCGGUGGAUUUAAAUGUGAUAAAUGCGCACGUGGUUAUCUUGGCGACGCUCCGUACUGUGAACCCUGCGGCGAGUGUUUCGACAACUGGGACCUUAUUCUCGACGGUCUAAAGGAAGAAACGAAUCGUACGAUCGGCGAGGUGAAGGCAAUCAAAACGCUUGGCGCUACAGGUGCAUAUAAGAAGGAGUUCGAUUCGAUGGCCAAGAAAAUCGAUGUGAUCAAGGGCUUAUUAACGAACACGAUAUCCGAUCGGGAGAUUGAUGCUAUCGACACACGAAUUGCCGAUAUUCGAGAACAUUUGAAGUCGUCACUGAAGACACUGGAGGAGUCGGAGAAGCGGCUCCAAGAUACAGGAUCGAGCAUUAACUACGCAAACAUUGAAAUCGAUGAUCUGAGCAGACGAGCCGAAGAGGUGAAACAGUUGGCCAAUUAUCUGAGGGAAAACGCUACCAAACUACAGGAGGGUAACAUUGAGGGAGCACUGAAUCUGACGCGAGAUGCUUGGAACAGGGUCACCUUGCUCGGGGAGACAAAUAUGGAGAUCCAGGAGCUGAAUGACAACGCCGAAAGGCAAUGCAAGCGGACGGAGGUGCUACUGAAGAAGCAACAGGAGCACAUCGAGAACACGCACGCCAAUAAUGAGGCUUCCUUCCUGAAAUACCAAGACGAGCUGGACACUUUGAACGCGAACAUUCCGGAUCUCAAUGAGCGCAUCUGUGACAGACGAGGGGAUCCUUGCGAUGAGCUGUGUGGCGGUGCCGGGUGUGAUGGCAAGUGCGGAGGGUUGACGUGCGAUAAAGGUGCCCUGACUAGGUCCGAGAGGGCUUUGUAUUACGCGAAAAAGACAGAACAAAGCAUCAAGGAGAAAGAGGAGUUGGCCGAUGAUAUUCUGCGAUCUAUGUUCCAAGCAAAAACGAAUGCUUCGGAAGCAUUUAAGAAGGCGAAAAAGGCUCACGACAAAGCGAAGGCUCAUCACGAUGAGACGCGCGACCUGAUCGAUGAAGCCAACACAGUGGUGACGGCCCUCACUGAUAUAAUUGAUAACAACACGGCAACUCCGGAGAAAGUGAAAGUGCUGGCGGAUAAAAUAAUGGAGUAUACUCUUCAGCUUGACCCGGUCCAGAUUCAGGUGCUGGCCGAGCAAAUCGACGAAGCGGUUUCACAUCUAGAAAAUGUUGAAGCGAUCAUUCGAAAUACCGAGGAUGAUCUCGUUCGCGUUGAACAACUCAAAGACAGCACCCUCAGUACGAAGAAUCGCGCCGAGAAGGUUUUGGAAGACGCAAUUGGUGUGACGAAGGCUCUCGACGAUGCAGACGAAUCACAGAAAAAGGCCCGCCAAUCCAUCAAACGAGCCAAUGAAGACAUCCAGUCUGCCAAGAUUGACUUAGAGGAGAUCGACAAAGAAACUGAUGAUGCGUCUAAUCGGGCAAAUAUCACGGCUAGCAAAGUGGACGAGUUGAAGACGCGACUCAACCGACUGCACGUUAGCAACGUUCAGAACGAACAAGAUGCGGAGGAGAUCAUAAAGCAAGCGGAAGCGGUAAAAGAGUCGGCCAACAACGCUCAUGAUUUGGCUACACAGUUGAAAGAUAACUAUAAAACAGCCAACGUAACUCUCUCGGCCAGAUCGAAUGCUUCGGAGAGCGCCCGUGAGCGAGCCCAGAACCUGUUGAACCGUGCGUCCAAAAUCACAGUCGAAACCACUAACCAGCUCAAGAAGCUACAAGAGCUCUACAAAACGUACGAAUCAAAUCAAAAGGAUCUCGACUCGCUCGAGGUGCAGAUUCAUGGACUAUCUGACCAGAUCAACACACAUCUCAACAAGAUCCAAAGCGAUGCGGAUCGUUACCGACAGUGUACGACGUAGAAUAACUAGUUCAAUUAGAACGCCGAAACAUGAACAAACUAAUUAUUGUCUGCUAACAAGCUUUGUGUUCAAUGGUUUGAUGCAAAAUAAUGUUUAUAUUAUUCGUCUGUGGAUUUUAGAACAAAAUAGACGUAACCCAUCAAAGCAAUAUAUUCAGUGUUCGAAAAACGUUUUAGAUUCUUUUAUACAAUAGUAGAGUACAAGUGUCGUUUUUUACACCUAACAACCUUCAAAAAAGUGCCAAAAACGUGAAACGAUAGACUAAACCAGUUUCUUCCAUGAGUAUGUGUUUUUUUAUAUAUCGAUUAAUGAAUAUAAUGCUUAGAACAACAUCAUCUCACUCAAUAUUUUUACAAUAACAUGCAACAGCUGUACAGAAGCAAACAUUGCGAUUUAUUCGUAACUCAAGAAUGCCAUUUUGUUCUACCAGUGGGUAUAUGCUAGCGCUUAAAAUUGCAAUAUACUGUUCGGAGAAGUUACAAUCGAAAACGCAAUAGAGCGUCUGCAGAAUUGAAUCAUUUAUGUGUAACAAAAAUAAAAAGUAAACUUUUAGUUCAUACGUUUUACUAGCAAUACGUAGUGUACUAAACUAGAUACUAGAUGAAAGUGAGUAAGAAGAAAGCAAUCGCGAACAGUCAUACCGAUGUCACUGCUAUUAUUUUAUAAAUACGAUCGCAAAUAAAAUUAUUUGUAGUGUAGUCAUAAAUCAAA